ACAUCAAACUCAAACUCCAAUCAAUCACCACUUCUACACCAAACCAAACAACCAAACAACCAAACAAUCACCAACAAUCAACAUGUCUGACUCCAUGCGCAAGGGACUCGGCGAGCAGGCCCAGGAGAAGAUCACCCCCGACUCCCAGAAGUCCACCAUGGACAAGGCCUCCGAGAGCCUCACUGGAGCCGGUGACCGCGUUGCUGGUGCCGUUCAGCCUGAGGGCCAGAAGUCUGCCGGUCAAAAGGUCGGCGAUGCCACCCGCUCCGGCGGCGACAACGCCUCCAGCGAGGGCAAGGGCAUGAUGGAGUCCGCUCAGGAAACCGUCGGAAACGCAGCCCAGAGCGUCCAGGACACCCUCUCCGGCAAGAAGUAA